AUGGGUGCUCGACCGGUGAUCCGAAGAGCAUGCACAGUUUUCUGCCGUAUAUCGAGAGAAGAGGCUGGGAGCGACCACAACGAGCGGAGGACUACCCGGGAAGGAAAAAGCCAAGCAGAUGCAGAUGCCGAAGAUGUCAGCCCAACCCAUAGUAACUCCAAGGAGCGUGGGGAAAUGCCGGAUGAAACUACCCAGUAUGGUGUUCAAGAUGUCGAGGCCGUGACUAUUACUUGGUCGAGGGGUACACUGAUCGCAGUAUUUAUCAAUAUCUGGUUCUUAUACUUUGUGAAUGCAUUUCAAAUCACGGUCACUGCCACCCUGAAUCCUUAUGUGACAAGUUCAUUCAAAGCGCAUUCGCUGGCAGCGGUCCCCACUGCUCUGGGAGAUGCCUUUGCAGCUGCUAGCUAUCUUCCUAUGGCAAAAAUGAUGGACGUGUGGGGUCGUGCAGAAGGUUUCCUCUUGAUGGCUAUCUUCGCUACCAUCGGGCUGGUUCUGAUGGCAGCGUGCAAUAGCUUUGAAACCUACUGCGCCGCAAACGUCUUCUACUACACCGGCUUCUACGGCAUGGAAUACGCAAUCGAUGUCGUGACAGCCGAUGUUUCGACUCUCCAGAAUCGUGCCUUCGCUUACGCGUUUACCUCCUCUCCGUACAUCAUCACGGCUUUUGCGGGCCCAAAAGUAGCGAGCGAGUUCUACAGUCAAGUCUCCUGGCGAUGGGGCUUUGGUUGCUGGGCGAUCAUGAUCCCCCUCGCCGCUGCGCCUCUGUAUACCAUGCUGAAGUACAACCUGCAUAAGGCCGAGAGAGAAGGCUACCGAAUUAGGAGACCGAGUGGUCGCACUAUUUCGGAAAGCAUUUGGCAUUGGAUAUUAGAGUUUGAUCUAUUUGGAGUUUUCAUAUUCACUGCUGGUCUUGUCCUAUUCGAGCUUCCCUUCGAUAUCGCUAAUUACGCCCCGAAAAGCUGGGCUUCUGGUUAUAUUAUUGCCAUGCUUGUCGCUGGAAUUGUCAUGCUUUUCGUCUUUGCGACAUGGGAAAAGUGGUUCGCCCCUGUGCCUCUGUUCGAAUAUCGACUACUUUCCAAUAGAACGGUUGUCGGGGCAAUUCUCUUAGAUGCAACCUACCAACUCUCGAACUACUGCUGGAGUUACUACUUUACGUCCUGGUUGCAAGUCAACAACGACCUGUCUAUUACCACCUCGAACUAUGUCGUCAACAUUUUCGACAUGGUCUCUGGUGUGCUCUUCCUGGUUACCGGUUGGCUUAUCCGCAGGGUUGGCCGCUUUAAGUGGACCCUUUACAUCGCUGUUCCGCUCUACAUAUUCACACAGGGGUUGAUGAUCUACUUCCGGGAGCCGAACAUGAAUAUUGGCUACCAGGUGAUGUGUCAGGUAUUCCUCGCUAUCAGUGGUUCAACCUUCAUUCUUGUUGAGCAAGUUGCUAUUCUAGCUGCGGUCGACCACCAGCAUGUCGCAACCGCACUGGCCCUGUUGAACGUGGUUGGCACUAUCGGGGACUCUGCAGGGCUCACGAUCUCCACUGCCAUCUGGCAGAACACCUACCUCAAGGCUCUUCGGCGAUAUCUUCCGCAAUCAGCCAUGCCAAACUUGGCCAACAUCUAUGAGGAUCUGAAUACUCAACGGAGCUAUCCUGUUGGAAGUCCUACUAGACUGGCUAUCCAGAAAGCAUAUGCCUACUCCGAGCUUAGGCUGCUUGCUGUUGGCUGUGGCGUUGUAGCUCUGGCAAUCCCUUGGACAAUGUUGAUGAAAGAUAUCAAUCUGAAGAAGAAGAAGCAGGUCAAGGGAACGGUUUUCUAG